AUGCGCAUGCUCUAUGAACUUCAAUUUAGCGAACAUGGCGAACAGAAUGGACCCCGACCCGCCGCGUCAGCCCUCACACCCAUCACACGCCCCAACGAGAGAUCCCCGCACGAGGCCGAUGUCAAGACCGACGUCGCGACCACCGCCUUCCGCCUCACUUCCCCCCAACGAUUGCCUCAAAAACCACUGGAAGAAUCUUCCUCGGCUGGUCCGUCGAGGGCUUCUCCGAUCGCUGUAAAUCGUACCGCUCCCUCUUCGCCAAUCACAACCAAAGCCCCUGCUCCAAAUCGGCUCACGCAUGAGAAUCCUCCCGCAAGUUCUCGGGCGGCUAUAUCGCUAUUGGAUGUGAUCAAUUCUGUGAUCAAAGCUGAGCAAUGUCAACAAGAAAUAUACAGACUCGAGAAGGAGAUGCCGACCCUUGAACGGAAUCUUCAAAAAGCCAAACAGUCCCAAGUCUUUGCUGGUACAAUCACUUUGUAUCAGCAGCAGCUAGGCACAGCAAAGGAUGAGUUGUCGAAGCAGACUACUUUGUUCGAUCAACAUCGGUCAGUGUCAAGCAAAGCCGAAAAGAUAUUACUCAGUCAGUGGUCUCAGCCACAGUCUCAGCCUGGGAUCAACCCGAUGUCAGAGAAGAUGGAGAAUAUGGAGUCACAAAUACAGGAAUUAAAGACCCAAGCGACGCGACCUUCCUCCACAUCAAGUAUUUCGGAUGAUAAAAUAAAGGCAAUCAACCACAACUUUUCAAAGAUUCGGGAAUGUGAAGCCUCGACAAAAAUUCUUGUCACUAACAUUGAAGGGAGAUUAAAAAACAUCGAAGCAGGAGUGCCAGCAACCAAAAGCAAGUCUGAAGCCCCCGCUGGAACGAUAGAUAUUCGUGUCCAAAAGCUAGAAAAAUCGAUACAAGCGCACUCUCUUCGACUAGGGAAUAUCGAUUUUUCGAAUGCAAAAUCCAAUAAAGAUUUUGGGGUGGACAUAUCCAGACUUCAGGGUCAAGUCUCCCGCCUUCAAAGUGACACUUCUAGACUUCAGGACGAUGUUUCUACGGUCGAUUCAGUCAACUCUAAGCUUCAAAGAAAUGUAUCUGUCCUCGAAAGAAAUGACUCCAGGCGUGACAGCGACCUAGAAAUGGUCGACAAGAAACUCCAAGACAAACUCACUGUCGUGAACAACGAACUCAAGAGAGCCAACAACGAGCUGAGCGGACGGGUGUUUCCCCUUGAGCGUGCAGUGACACUUCUCAAAUCCCAACCACGCUCCACCAGCGGCGGCCCACCUUCUGAAGUGGCUGAGGCUUCCUCAUCUUUCACGAACCACAGGUUGUCUUUAUUGGAGCAAGAAAUUCAGGCAUUAGCAGCCUCCAUCCAGCUGCAAGAAACCAGAAUACAAGGAAUUAUGUCAAUCCACGAAAAUGCACAAGACGAGUACUUUGCAGAGUUGGAGAAAUUGAAAAACUCCAUCGACUCGCUAGAAACCGGCCAUUAUAAGAGCAAGCAAGUUGCACCUGAACUGAAUUCGGCAGAGCUGGAGACCUUGAAAAACUCAAUUGAUUCACUAAAAAACGACCACGAAAAGACGAGACAAAAUGUGACUGAGAUUGACCGCCGAAGCGAUGGUCUGAUGGCCAGUCAGGAAGGCAGUCGUGCAAUCUUGCUCCAGGGCAUUUCGAAGCUUCAAACCAAGAUUGAUGAUGAUCGCACUGCUUACGUACUGGCAAUCGAAGCACUGGAAACAAACGUGGACAAUCUUCGCAGUUCUUCUGCGAACUCUAUCGAGGGAAUUGAGCAAAAGCUGGAAAGCACUCGCAGUGAUUUGACGUCGUCUGUUGUUGUGGUACGAACUGAUAUUAACAGUUGCUCAGCGACAGUGAAUCAGCUCAGGGAUGACCUCUCUGAAGCCUCAAAGCGUCUAGCAACAAUGAUUCCGGCUUUCGAGGAAGUAAAAAAAUGCAACGAUGUUGUCACCGGUCAUACCGUUUCCCUCCGAUCGCUUGAGGGGCGAUAUAAAAACAUCCUUACCGGGGACUUGGUCACCCGCAUGUCGCAUGCUAUCCUUGAAAUGAGUCCUUUGGCCACCCUCGAACAAAAAGUUCAAAUGCAUGUGACUGAGACAAAAAACAAAAUUGCUACCCUCGCUGAAACCAUGACCCAGUUGCAGCAAGUACCGCAAUUGUCUUCUGUAGACAAGCAUGCACUGGCAACGGUCCCACAAAUAGUUGUGAAAGUGAAAUCCCUUUUGCAGCGUGUUGAUACAAUGCAAGCAGCCAUCGACAAGCUGUCUACUCUUUCACCUGACACAACGGAUUUACGGCUGCAAUCGCAAUCUUCCCUCUCCCCCGAGGACAAAAAUGCGCUGGCAGAGUGUAUCAAGGUUUCGGAGGAUCUCUCAAAACGUGUCGAUCUCAUGGAGAGCACUGGUUUGCAAAAGCUGCUGCAGGAAAUGAGUCGUUUGUCAAAUCAGGUCGCAGCCAACGAGGAACUGAUCUAUAGUGUCGAUGCCAAAUUUGAUGACCUGAACCCCACAGAGCCAUAUGCAGAGCUCAUUCAAUCCGUGGAAAAGAUUGAUCCGUUGAUUGCCAAGGUUGAAGACCAUAUCUUGCAAUUGGAACAGGUCAAAAAUAAUGUUGCCGAUUUCAACCGAGCAGAGGCCGCGCGGUCGAAUGCCGGUUUACAAGAUUUCACAGAUGUGCAUGCACGGCUAUCAGACCUGGAAAGUAAUUGUCCAAGUUCCGAAGCCAUUCAAGGUCUGCUCGCAAAGGUGGAAGGCUUCAAAUUACGCGAUUAUAUGCUUGAGCACCGUAUGGCGGAGCUGGGAUCCAAGGCUGACGGAAUAAGAGACCAGCUGGCAGACCUCACAACCACUAAGAAUCUUGCAGAGGCAGUGAGAGACGAACUGGAUUUCCUUGCCCCUAGAGUUGUAGCGCUUGAGAACCAAGACCAAACCGAAGACGAAGGCAUCAAAUUGACAGAUCAGCAAAUCAAACAGUUACGGGAACGAUUGGCCGGAGAGCCGAUCCAUACGAUGCUGAUUCGUCUUCGAAAAGUCGAAGACGAGGUGAAAAAGGUCCUAAGCAGUUCUGAGGUGCGCAUUCUCGGGGCAUCAAGGACCAGCACCUCCACCCCAACUCAAGUUACCAAAAGCUCCGUAGGGAAUCAUAUACCAACCACUCCAGCUCAUGUCCAUAAGGAUGGAACACGUCCUGUUCAACUGGCUGGAACCCCGGCCAGAUCGACUCCAAAGCCCGGUCUAUCAUCUGGAGCGUCAAGCAGUUCGAAGAGUCAACCUUCGUCGUUGAAAAAGCCCCCACACCAGCAAGUACAGUCCUUGAAAGGGGUCACCGGGCGUCAUUCUAUCGAAGCGCCACCAGAGAAUGAAAGAAGUACACCGUCUUCAUCUACCGGUGCGUCGCCAGAACCUGGUUCUUCUUCUCUCAAUAAGAAGUUGAGGAAGGAGUUGAAGGCCAAGAGGAAGGCGGAAAGAGAGGCAGAAAGAGAAACGAGAGAAAGCAGAGAAGGCUCGUCGAAGCCGAAGCCGAAAAAGAUCAAGACCGAGAAUGAAUCCUAG